AUGAGCGCUGGCUGUGAAAUGAUAAAAUCCACUUCGAAAUCGUUCGUCAUCCCGCUGAGGAAUGCUAGACUGUACUCGUCCAAGAUCGAAACCCCCACGGUUGAACAUGAGCCUUCCUCCCGUGAGAAGGCGGAGCUAGUAUCGUCAUCGUUGAAGUCGAUCUUUGAUGGGUUCUUAACUACUGAGGAAUCAUAUGAACCAGUGGAUAUAAAGCCUAUACUUGCAAACCCACGAGCCUUUGCGGAGCUGAACCAAUUCCAUCGAGAUCAAAUUACAGAGGAUUUGACUAAAAGAUUCAAACAAAAAUGGCAGAAUAUCUCUCCUGAGUACAAGAGGCUGUCAUACUUUGUCUCGUACGGUAACUAUGGACCAAGAGAGGAACUUCAGGAUAACUUGUUUGCCAACAUCAAACCAGAGGACUUACCCUUUGCCUCCCCUGCAGCGGUGGCAACAUCGCCUUUGGAUAAAAUCCACAAAUUGCCUGAAGUUGACAUGUGGCAAUCCUCUCCGUUGAGACAGGAGCAAUUCCGUAAGAUGACCAGAAGGUUAGACCCGAUGAGUAAAACCGUUGUUUAUUUGGCACUAAUCAUCUCGUUGCUUGCGCUUUAUAGGGAUAAGACCAUUGGAGAAGAUGGGAUGGUGAUAGAUGUUCCAGAAUCUCCUUUACUCUUGGCUGAUAUUAAACGUCAACAAGAUGUGGAACGUGAACAGAAAGAAUUAGAGGAAAGGCAAUUACAACUCGAAAGAUCAAAUUCUAAAAAGUGGUAUUUCUUGUGGCUCAGAUAG